AUGUCCGGAGACGCCACCUCCACCCCCUCCCUCCCCUCCGACACCAAGCCGCGCUGGGGCUGGCAGAAACUCCCCCUCGAGAUCAAGCGAAUCGUCUUCGACUACGCCGGCAUGCCCUCCGAACUGCGCAUCCAUGUCCACCAUUUCGAGCCCCCUCAGGACGGCAUCAAGGGCGUGGACAUCGAGUACGCAGUCGAGAUCAAGAACAAAGAGGAGUGGCGGGACAUGCUCCGCUUCCAGGCGAUCAAACAAAUCAACGCCGACAUCAUCCAGGACGCCAUCGCCAAGAAGAAGAUCGCCAUCAAGCUCGAUAUCGUCGGCCACCACAUGCAGGGUGAUGCCUGGAAAGAUAUGGGCAUCAUGACGCCGAAGAUGGAGCACUGUGUGGCGGACUGGGACAAGUUUCUGGCGAAGUUUCCGUUCCAGCGCAUGACGACCGUCGUUCCGUACAUCCUGCGCGACCUCGUCCCACCUGCCGAGCGCAAAGUGUCCAUGAUCGAGGAGAUGCACUACCUCAAGCUGACCUACGACCGAGCCCAGCCGGAGAAGAAGCACGGUCCCGCUGACCCGCUUGCGUGGAAGCAGGAGGCAGCCGUGUGGAAGAAAGGCGAGAACGCCGGGAUGAGCGAGGAAGCAGCCACCACCAUCCACACCGCCAUCGAGGCCAACAUCGCCUCGUUUGUCAAAUACCUCUUUCGGUUGGGUCCCGACGUAGAGAGUAUGGUAUGCCUGCAGGAGCGCCUGACCUGGGUCCCUGAUCUCGUCUCGUCGGAGAAGUUCCAGAUCUCCCGCUGGUUCAUGGCCGUCAUGGCUGCGAGGGGUGUGUUCAGAACUGCGAGUUCGUCGAGGGUUCCGAUGUUCGCGGCGAUUGGUGCGAGGGUGACUCCAUUGGCGGAAGUGGUUUGGGAGGUCUGA